GAACCCUCGGCGUCCCCCUCACCAGCCUUGCUCAUCGUUCUUCUCUCUCAGACUUGCUAUCGUUCUCGUCACUGUCUUCCUCACCUGCAAGCUCUCUCAGUUUCACCCGUCGUCGUGGCCUGUGUCGUCACUGUCUCGGACUCGGCGGACUCAAGCCCUCCGUCGCGGCCUGUGUCUUCACCGUCUCGGACUCGGCGGAUCAAGCUCGUCGUCGCGGCCUGCGUCAUCACCGUCUCGCACUCGGUCGCCGCCUUCGGUGCGCUCGCUUCGCCGGCGGUAGAAGCAGACCGAACCAGCAUUUGGUCCCUCGGGUGGUGGUGGUCGUCGUCUUUUUGUUCGGCCGUCAGUUUAGUUGGUCAGCUUCCUUCACCGUCAAUUGAUCCCUGGACAGAAUUUAAAAGAUGUCUUAGUCACAAAUACCAUUAUCAGAAAAGGCACCAUCUCAAGAACAAGCUCAUCAACUUGAAAAAUCAGGGGAAAUCACUGUGAUGUACAUAUAUUGUGACAAAUCUGUUAGGGGAGGUGGGAUUAAUUGAUUUAAGAUAAUGAUGGACCAAGUAACAAUGCUAUGGAAAUAUAGAUGUAACUCUAAAUAAGGAAAAUGUAUGUCAAGUUUUAAAUUUGUCUUAAGAAGAUACAGAUGCCAACUAUGAGAUCACUUCUUGGAUAUGAUUUAUCAAUUGCGUUUAUCUUUCGCUCACUCUUGUUCAUUUAAAUUGAGAAAAUAUUUUGUACUAGUGACUAGUUUAUUAUCUCUUUUUGCAUAAUUAGUUAUGUCUAAAAAUUGAUACUUGAUUAUUAUUAAUAUGUUUGUGAAAACAUGCAUUUUAACUUUUGUUUUUAAUUUUAUUUUUAUAAUUUUAUAUUUUUAUUUAAUUAUGACCCGGUUAACUGGGUGAAUUAGUGACCCACUGGUUGAACUAGUGACCCGGUACCGAUUUGAUUUUGAUAACUAUGAAUGCAUGGAUUUUAUCUCAUGGAUGCUUUUACUGUGUUUUUAUCAAUUCUGACUACAUAAUUUGCAUGAUAAUAGUUAUUGCUACUCUUUUUCUUUUAUUUGAGACCAAGUCAAUCGGUUCAACCAGUGAUUCGUUGGUUGAACCAGUAACUAAUGACCCAGUAUCAGUUUAAUUAUCGGUUCGUUUUGAUAACUAUGUUGAGAACCCUUAAGCUAGUGCUCUUUGCCUCAAUCCCUCAACCUCCUUCCUCGUGCUUUGUCCCUCUCUCCCUUCACAUUCGCUCCACCACGUACGCCACCGCCAAUCCUGAUUUUCCUCGCUGUCAAGCUGCUGCUGCUGCUGCCUCUCCCUCUUGUUGUUUGCCUCUCUUCGGAUAUCUUAUGUCUGGAGAUAUAUCUGCUAAGGCACCUCACAUGCAAUGACUUUCUAAGUUAUUUCAAACUAUAGGGUUUUUUGGUUAUUUCCCCAUUACUUUUGUUUCAGAUUUCUUGGCAAGGCAAAUGAAGUGCAUAGGUAGCAGAUGUAAAUUCAACAAUAGGUGCAAUAAUGUCAAUGCGGAAAUUCAUCAAACACCUUCGGUCAUGCCACCAAUCCCUGCCCAACACACACUCCUUCUCCACUCUUUCCACCCAAACUCCAAAAAGCCACCACCACCGUGUCGAAGACCCUCACUCUUUGUUGAAAGAGGACCCAAUCGAAAUAUGCACAUCUUUGUGGGUCAAAUCCUUCUCCUCCCCAAACCACUACACCUUCUCCAACCUCACCGGUUUUCUCUCCAAAUUUGAUCUUUGGGUCCUUGCCUACCAGCGCUCUUGCGCCCACUCCACCGGCACCUUCCCUCCCCGCAACGCCAUCCACUCCCACCACCUCCAAAACCUUCUCUCUCUCCGAAAUGCUGUUGUUUGUGGUCGUUUUAGAUGGAAUGACAAGGCCCACCAGCUCCUCCUCGCUCCCAACUCCUUAAAACCCCUCUCAAAACGCAAGCUUGAAAAGUUUAUGAACUCAUCUGAGCCCUGUUUCCAGGACCGGGUGGUUCAGGAGGUUCUCUUGAUGAUCCUUGAGCCUGUUUUCGAGUCUAGGUUUUCACAGAAAUCACAUGCCUUUCGACCGGGAAGAAGCGCGCACACCGUGAUUCGAACAAUUAGGAGUAAUUUUGCUGGAUACUUGUGGUUUUUGAAGGGCGAUUUGAGUGAGAUUCUUGAUACUGUGGAUCAGAAUGUGGUCAUGGUGUGUCUUGAAAAAGGUACAAAGGAUAGGAAAAUCUUGGGUUUGAUAAAAUCUGCACUUAAAGAGCAUCCUUUGAAGUGUGUGUCCAAGAAUGAUGCGGAGAAGGAAGAGUUAAGGAAGGUUAAGAAGAGGAGGGCUACUAAGAAGAGGAUUCUCAAUGAGAAUGAGCCGAAGCCGGACCCAUAUUGGUUGAGGACUUUCUUCGGUUUCGCGCCAGAGGAGGCUGCUAAGGUACCUGAUUAUGGUUAUUGUGGGAUUUUAAGUCCAUUGAUUGCUAAUGUCUGCCUUAAUGAAUUAGAUCACAUGAUGGAAGGGAUGAUUGUUGAGUUUUUUAGGCCUUGUAAGUUUGAUUCAAUAUGGCGGUAUUCAAUUGAUGAUGGUUGUCAUAACCCUGCAUGGCCGGAGUUUGUUCCAGCCAGUGGAAAGGAGAAGACCAGGAAGAUGGAUUACAUAAGAUAUGGGGGUCAUUUCUUAAUUGGAAUCAGAGGGCCUAGGGAGGAUGCAGUGGAAGUUAGGAAGAAAAUUAUUGAGUUUUGUGAGAGUACUUUCGGAUUAAGGUUGGAUAAUUCGAAGCUAGAGAUUGAGCAUAUUUCAAGGGGGAUCCAGUUCUUGGAUCAUAUAAUAUGCCGGAGGGUGAUAUACCCGACAUUGCGUUACACUGGUUCUGGAGGUAACAUUGUGAGUGAAAAGGGUGUUGGAACCUUGCUUUCGGUUACUGCUAGCUUGCCACAAUGCAUUCGUCAAUUUAGGCAUCUAGAACUGGUGAAGGGUGACAAGGACCCGAAGCCACUUCCUUGUACUCCUAUGUUGUAUUCGGGUCAAGCUCAUACGAACUCCCAAAUGAAUAAAUUUCUCGAGACCAUGGCUGAUUGGUAUAGGUAUGCUGACAAUCGCAAAAAAGUUGUUGGCUUUUGCGCUUAUGUAGUUCGUAGUUCUUUGGCCAAAUUGUAUGCUGCUAGGUACAGGCUGAAGUCACGUGCCAAAGUGUAUGGUAUAGCAUCGCGAAAUCUUAGCCGUCCGCUGAGGGAGAGCACAAACAAUUCUGCGCCUGAAUAUUCAGAUCUUUUGAGGAUGGGGCUGGUUGAUGUAAUUGAGGGUGUUCAGUUUUCACACAUGUCGUUAAUUCCAUCCUGUGAUUACACUCCAUUCCCAAGGAACUGGAUCCCAGGUCAUGAGCGGGUGUUGCAUGAGUACAUAAAACUUGAAAAUCCCAAGUUUUUCUGUGAAUUGCUCAGAACUGUCAAGCAAAAAGGUUUAAUUCUUCCUCAAGAAGAAAUAUCUCAAAUGGUAUGGGACUACAAAACUCUUGGGGUUCGUUAUUUCCAUUCCAAUCAAGAUCAAGAAAUCAAAACUGAUCCAAAGAAGAUAACUGAGUAAGUUUAGCAAUGAUAUACAGAUUAAUGGAGUCUUGUCGACACCGAGAUUCUGUUUCUGAGCUGGUGACAACAGAAAAAUGGUUAUCUACACUGUUGGGUCGUUUUCUACAUCGAGUGGGCAAGUCCUUCAUACCCUACACUUACACGAAACGUUUUUCCCAUGCUGAAAUUAUAGAAUCCAGAUGAGGGCAUUGUGAUUCACUAUCAACAAUGUAGAACAUCGCAUUGGUAAUAGGUACAGAAAAAAAUUACUGCAACAGAAAAACCACAUGUAGUCGAUGACUUUCUUCGUUGGAUUUGGAAUUUGGAGCUUCCUUGGUGUGAAAUUGUGAAUUCUUGAGGAUAAUAUUUAGGAUGCCAAAGAAGGUUGUUUGCUGGUUAUUUUACCAGGGAAGCACUUUAACAUAAUACUUGUAUCUAAUUUCACCAUGUUCCAUUAUUCAAAAGGAAGUGUUCAAGAGGAAUAAUUCUUUUCUCCUGUGGAAGGUACCUUCCUAUGACCACCAAGCAUAGGGAAUUCCAUCUACUACUGGUAAUUUUUAACUACUGCAGGAUGGAAUAUUUGUUGGAGAUUGAUGAAUGUUGAUUGAUCAACUAUGAUAUUAAUAAUUUCGAAAUUAAUGUGUUUGAAAUUAACAAGCCAUCUGGUCUACUUUGCUUGUCUCUGACAUUAGAAUGUGUGAUACAGUUUGUUUUCCAUUGAUGAGACAAUUAUCUUAAAGUUUCCAUCAGUGGAAGGUAGAUGAAAUGUAGGUGCCGAAUUUAUGCAUACUGUUGUGGAUUGGAAUUUAUUUUGGAGGACUGUGGUCAAAUUAGAAAACUUAGAUGAAGAGCAAUAAUGUUAUCUACUUAGUCCUUACAGCAUGGGAAAAACGUUUCUUAUAUCAUUAUGCAUUAUUGUACAUCUACCAAUAAUGUCUGACAAAUAGUUGAAAAUAAUAAUUAAAUGGGUUUUUCAUUUUUGGUUGAAAAUGAGUACAAGAAUAUUUUACAUAUUGUAUUGUAUAGUUGGUCUGUAGGUGUAUGGAUUCCAAUGUGUUAUUUGGUCUUUGAGCUACACUUUAAAACAACCUUCAGUUCUGUCCUCCUUGUUGCUAGAUAAAUUAGAAAAGAAAAUAGGAGUAUGUUAUAUUUGAAGAUGUGGUAUUAGAUUCUUGUCGCUACAACAAAAGAGCUGAAGAUGUUUGUCUUUAAGUAAUUGGAUGUACUUUUUCCUAUUGGGACAAUUUUGGAUGUAAUGUUAAUGUAAACAAAUGAUCAUAUUUAAUGUAAUUAUUUUGUAGGAGGUUCCGUUUAAUGCGAGGUCUAGCCAAAAACUGCAUUGAUCAAUCAACCUUUAAGAAGGAACAUCCUGAUCAGUGGAAAUAUGUUUAAGAAUAUAGGAU